CCAAGGCUCAUCCCUCCUGGACUGCAGUUAGAUGCUUGAUAGGCCGUCCAUUGCACCUUAGAUGCCUAGUAGGUCAAGUCUCUGACCCUUAGCACCUGAAUACGUGAAUUCGGAGCUCCUGAGGUCCUGCGUAGUUUUCGCAAAGAUUUCUGUCGACGAUUUCGUCGAAUUCAUUUGCUGGUUCGCUCGCAUCUGACCCUUCCAUGCAUCGAUCCGCGGGCCCUUUUCAUCCUGCCUGCACUUAUGCGUUGGAGUCUUGAACCCCUCCGUCGAGUCCUAUUCAUCGCGCUGCGGUUGUGCCUCGUGUGUCGUGAGUGAACCCGCGUCUCGCGGUGGACGUUAAGCCGGCCAUUCAUGGAGCCGUAGAGCCACACGGGUCGCCGGUGCUGCUGAUGCGGCUGUGGGUUGAAUAAGCUGGCGGCGUGACGUCAGGCAGGGACUUCGAAGCCAGCGGUUUGCGUCGCUGCGUGGCGCGCGAGCAUGGCGUCGUCGCGGCUGCCGCCGCACGCCCCGCUGCUGUCAAGAGGCGCGGUGCUGGAGUCGCGGUUCGAGGUGGAGAAGAAGAUCGGCGAAGGCACCUUCAGUAUCCUCCGCGCGUCCCUCCGACCCCUUUCCCCCCCCCACUCCUCUCUUCCCUCCCUUUCCAUCCAGUGGUCGCCCUUACCUCUUUCUCUCUGUCCCCGCUCUUUUGCCCACCUCCUUGAACGGAUCGCUUUUUAAGAGUCAUUGAAGUCGCUCCUUUUAAGCCAUUUCCGCCUGGCAUGUCAUGUGUGUCUCGCUGCUCUCUCCCUGGGCGUCCAGCGCUGCCCAUUCCCUCCCCUGCUCCGUCGCACCCUUCCACGCUCGUUCCUUCUCACCCAUUCGCCAUCUGCCCUUCCACUCUUUCACAUUCCUUGUCGCGAAUCCGCGCCGUCUCGCCCGCUCCGCCUCUCAGCCCGUAUCUCACCCUCCGCAACACCUUAUGCUAGCCUUCCUUGACCAGCUGCGCGCACUCCAAUCUUUCCAGGCGAGAUCUACCGCGCGCGGGACACGGUGAGCGGGCGCCACGUGGCAGUGAAGGUGGAGAAGGAGGAGUCUGUGCUCAAGUGGGAGGUGUGGGUGCUGAAGCGACUGCAAGGGUGCCGCGCGGUGUGUGGGUUCGUGCACGCGGGGCAGGUGGACGGGCGCGCGUACGUGGCGAUGGAGCUGCUGGGCCCCAGCCUGUCCGACGUGCGUCGCAAGCUCCCCCACGGCCGCUUCCCCGUCGCCACGCUCACCCGCCUCGCCCUGCAGAUGCUACGCGCGCUGAGGGCCAUGCACGACGAGGGCUUUCUGCACCGCGACGUCAAGCCCUCCAACUUCGCGAUGGGCGUGGGCGAGCGACAGCAGCAGUGCUUCGUGAUCGACUUUGGCAUCUGCAAGCGCUUCCGCUCCUCCUCUGGCGACCUGCAGCCCGCACGCCAGGUGGCGCAGUUCAGAGGGUCCACGGCCUAUGCGUCCGCACACUCGCACCUGCUCAUGGACCUGGGGCGGCGGGACGACCUGUGGUCGCUGUUCUACGUGCUCGUGGAGUUUCUCGAGGGCGAGCUGCCCUGGCGCCACGUCACCGAGAAGGAGCGGGUGAAGGAGAUGAAGCUGCAUUUUUUUUACCACCCGGACCAGAUGACCAAGUCCGUGCCCUUCCCACACGAGCUCUCCGCGUUUGCGGAGCACCUGCAGGUGCUGGAGUACGGGGACAAGCCCGACUACGCGUACCUGCAGCACCUGCUCACCGCGUGGAACGCACGCUGCGGAGAGGGCCACCUCCACCAGGACGGCGAGGGUGCUGCCGACGACGCCCACACGGCGCUGCCGCUCCCGCCAGUGCCCACUGCCAACGGACACACCCACUCACCCUCACUCCAUGAUGCUGCUGCUGCUGCCCCUCCCAUGUCUCAACUCCACGGCACGCCGCACACGUCCCCCCUCACCUCUCCUGCCGUGCCGCCCGCACUGCCCUCUCCACCACCACCUGCCAUCGCUGCUCCACCCCUUGAGCUCGCUGGGACGGCUGUGCUGCCAGUGCCGACACUCACAGUAGAAGCGACAGUAGCAGCAGCAGUGGCAGGAGUAAACAUUGCUGCACCAGUUGGCACCAGCCCACCCAUGCCCGUGUCCUCCUCUGCCCCGCUCGCCUCCACCCCUGCCUGUGCCCCCACUGCAUCAGCCCCGCCCAGCCCUAGCGUUCACAGCCCUGCCACCCACACGCCUGCCGUGCAAAGGGCGGCGAGCGCUGCCGUUUGUCCCCCUGCUGCUGCCGCUGCAUCCCAUGGUGCUGCACUGGCCACAGUGCCUGGCGUGGCCGCUGCUGACGCGGCACCGCUUCCACUGGAGGGCGCAGCGGCUGUGGGUAUGGCGCAUGGGCGUGAGCCGUGCGCUGACGCCCUUGAGGCCGGCUCAAGCCCAGACGUGGGGGUGCAGGACAAGGUGCGAGGGUGCAGAGCGGAGGAGGGCGGGAUGCAGGGCGGUGGGAGGAGCCGGGGAAUGGGUGGGGACGGCCGUGGAGCGAGGGGGCAGAGCACUUGCAAUGGUGGCAGUGAUGGCGGCAGCAGCAGCACGACGUCGAGUGUGAGCCACAGCGACAGCAGCGGCAGCAGCUCCAUCAGCAGCAGCGAGGGCAGCAGCGGCAGUGAGGGGGAAGGUAGCAGGGGACGAAGGAGGGAGAGGGAAGGGGGCUUAGUGGGGGUGAGGGAUAGUGAUGUCCGUGUUGCAGGAAAGGGAAGAGGGUAUGACAAGUGCGCUCUUAAGUACCAGCCGCCACAAGGGAGGGGCAUGAGGCAGCAUGGUAGCUGUGGUGCGCAGCAGAGGGGAAGAGGGAGGGCGAGCGCGGAGGACGCAUGUGCAGGCGCGCGGCUCAGGGAGAAGGAAGACGCCAAGGAGGGGCAGCCUUGCUUGGGGGGCGGUGGGGAGGGCGUGACAGGGGGACAGGGCAGCGAGAGGGGCACUGCUGGUGCUGCCAUGGCUGCCGUGGCUGCCGUGGGUCGUGAUGACUCAAGUGGCAGACGCAUGGCAGGGGAGACGAGGAGCGUGCAGGGGAAUGGCCACGCGCCUCACACUCACCAUGCUCCUUGUGGCAGCAGCAGCAGCAGUAGUGGGAGUGACACCCCGAGUAGUGACAGCAGCAGCACGUGCAGCAGCAGCAGCAGCAGUGGCAGCAGCAGUGCGAGCGAUGGGGAGGCGAGUGGCGAGUCUAGGAGCGAUGAGAGUGGCGCUAGCAGCAGCGAGGACGACCCGUCCUGGGGCAGCAGAGGGAGAGGCAGGGGCAGGGCCGGGCGGACCAGAAGGCAACGGCAAGGGGCAGGGGUGGAGGUGCAGGGCAGGCAAAGCAAGAAGAGCGGGGCAGGGGGCAGGAGGAACCGGCCUAGGAGGAGCAGAGGGGGCGGAGGGAAGGAGGCGGGUGGUGGCGCAGCAGACCACGAGGUGAGGGCUGAGUGGGUGAACGGGGCGAUCCCUGUGGUGCUCGCUCUGGCAGCUGCGCCUCUGACGGGUGCUGGGCCCCAUGGGCGGCGAGAGGGCUGUGGUGUGGUGGCAGAGGUGGGGGGGGCGAGGAGAGGCGGCAGUGAGGGCAGGGAUGGGCGCGGUGCAGUGAGGGAAGAGGAAGAGAGGCGGAGCGUGGGACAGGCGCACGUGUUGCAUGAGGGACGUGGAGGGAGAGGAGACGAGGACAGGAGGGGAAGCGGGCAGGGGGCUGGCAGAGAGAGCAAGGAGGGUGAGGUAGGGAAGCACGGGUGGAGGGAGAAGGGGGUGAGCGCGAGUGCAAGUAGGAAUGGGUACGUGGACGUGGCAGCGAGAGGGCAAGCAGAUAGGCAUGGACAAGCGAAUGGGGUGAGGCAGAUGGCCAGCAGCAACGGUGGCAGGCACACAGGGUGCAGGGGCGGAGGGGAAGGCAGGGCGCAGGAAGAGAGGGUGGAAGACGGAAGGCAGCAGGUGAAAGGCAGUGAAGGCGAGAGGAGCAGGGGUGGUGGCAAAUAUGUGGAGAGGGCAAGUGAAGGAAGGGAAAGAGAGACGGAGGGAACGCGUGAUAGAGACGAUAACUGGGCGCACGGCAAGGAGAGGCGGUGGCACAGGGAAAGGGAGAGGCACGGGAGCUGGAAGAGGGAGGAGCGCGAGAGGGAGAAGGGCGGGAAAGGUAGAGAGUGGGAGAGAGAGAAGGAAGGCAGAUGGUCAAAGGAGGGGGAGCGGGCGAUAGAGGAGAGGCGGGUGAGAGCGGCUGAGGUAGGGUAUGGGAAGGCGCAUGUGAGAGGCGUUGAGGCGGUGAGGGCAGCAGAUGAUGGUGCAUGCAAGACUGCUGGUAGCAGGGGGGCGGCGGACGAGCAGCACGAGACGGAGAAGGGGAAGGAGAGGGAGAAGGAGAAUGAGAAGGAGCAGGAGGGCCGAGAUGUGGUGAGGGAAAAGGAUUUGGAAAGGGGGCAGAAGAACAAGGGGGGAGAGAGGGAGGUUUUGAGGGAGAAGAAACCGAAGGAGUGCGUGACUGAGAAUGGAAGGAGGAUUGAGAAGGGGAGAGAGCGGGAGCGAGAGCGAGAGAAUGAGAGAGAAAGAGGGUGGGAGAGUGAGAAAGGGAAGGCACGGGGGAGGGAGAGGGACAGAGGGAGGGAGAGGGAGAGGGAGAGGGAGCAGGAGAGGGAGCGGGAGAGGUUGAAAGGGGAGAGAAGCCUGGAUUGGGACAGUAAAAGGCAAGGUGAGAAGGUGAGGGGCAGUACUGCUGUGGGGGUGGUUGACGGGCGCGAUGAGAAGCAAGGCUCGGCAGAAAGGCGGAGGGAUGGCAGGGCAGAGAGUGCGGCUGGGUGGGGUGAGGCGAGGGAGAGACAGAAGGAGACAAAUUGGGGGGACAGAAAGGUGGACAGAGAGGAGAGGGGGCGGGACAGGGACAGGGAAAGAGAGUGGGAGCGGGAUAAAGAGAGAAUGAGGAACAGGCGGGCAGACAGGGAGGGAAGGGAGAGGGAGCAAGGGAAGGUACGGGAAAGGGAGCGCGGGUUGCAAGCGGUGGAGAGCGGCGGGGCAGUGGGGAGGCGCGAUGAUGGUGGCAGUGCCAUGCGGAGUAGGCAUGAGGCAGCUGAUGCGGCGCGGGACAGGCGGGAUGGCCCAGGGGACAGGGACCGAGACAAGGAGCGCGUUAGGGGGAGGAGCAGGGAGGGGAGCGAGAGGGGAAAUGGGAGGGCAGGGGAGAAGGAGAGGGACAGGGAGAAGGAGAAGGAGGAGAGGGAGGCAGGGAAGGAGAAGGGCCCAAGUGAGGCCACUCGCAGCGGCAACCAUAAUGUGCAGGAGCCCCAGCAGCACCCUCUCCCUCACACUCACUCUCACUCGCACUCCCGCUCGCAUCCUCGCUCCGCGUCCCUGCCCCGUCACCAUGAAGCCACGCCCAGGUCAACCGUUCCACCCUCACCUGCAGCUGCCGCUGCCGCCUCGCCUCACUCAAUCGAUGAGCAAAAGCCUGACUUCACACCUGCUCCUGCUCCUGCUGCUUCUGCUGCCGCAGGCGGCAGCGGUAGUGGCAGCUUGAGUGGUGGCGAGGGCAGGGGCAGGAGGCUGCGCUUGUGUGUGGACUCGCUGCGAUACGGCUGCUGCAAGCACGGGUCCUCCUGCUCCAAAGACCACCCCAAGAGGCGCAGCAGGGACCGCGCCACGUCCGUGUGUCUGGACCACAUGGCCGGCACAUGCCCCUGGCCUGCCGCUCACUGCGUGCGCCAUCACCUCUCCAUCGCCGAGGAGGAGCACUUUUACCGCCGCGGCGUGCUGCCGCCCGAUGCCAUGCAGCCCCACUCCUGGGUGCUGCAGCGCCGCCACCAGCAAGCCGCCCGCCGCCGCCCGCCCCGCCUCGCUGCCGCCCAGACAAGUGGUGAAAACGGCCUGUCUUGGCACGAUGGGGAUGAGCCGCACCCCGCCUCCACCUCGUCCCAGCACGGCAGGGACAGCCCCUGGCAGCACCCGCAGCAGCAGGGGUCGCCAGGUGGGGGAGGCGCAGGGCUGCUGGCGACACCAGUGGGGCUGCUGGCCUCCCCAUCGCCCUCCCCAUCCCUGCUCGGCGCCGCCCCUGCUGGCAUCCCCACCGCACUGCACCACUCUUUGCUCCUCCUCCCACCCCCUGCUGCCUCCUCUGCCUCACCCACCACCCCCAGCACAGCAGCAGCAGCAGCAGCGAGUUGGGCGAGGUGCGACGUGAGCAGAGCUGCCACAGACCCUGCUGCUCCACGUCUUGCUGCUGCCGCCACAGCAGGGGCGGCAGCUGUGCCUUGCGCUGUUGCGCUGCUGCCUGCAGGAGUGGGAACGGACGGCAGCAGGGAGAGGGUGGCCGGUGGGGGGCUGAGGGGGAAGGCAGGGAGGGCGGAGAGGCAGGGCGGCCUAGGGUGAAGGUGAAGGUGACGAUCAACGAGUGGGGCGUGGUGAUUCCCCCACACGCGUUGCACCUGGGGCUCAACAAACGGCGCAAGGUGGACGGCACAGGGCCAGGCUCGGGUGGACAGGGCUUGCCACUUGCCGGUGCCGCAGCAGCAGCAGAAGCAGCAGCAGCACCAAGAGGAGCAGUGGCAGCAGCAGGGGGCGUUGGGCCAUUCUCUUUGCUGGAGCGGCUCCUGCAGCCGUGUAUGGCAGUAGGAGUAGUGGCAGUGCAGGUGGUGCGAGAAUCAGGUGCAGACAGCUCGACGCAGAU